UGUCGCUUCGAUUACGCGCGAUGUGCUGAAGAGACGCUGUGCGGCUGAAGCGGAUUGUAGAGUCUCUCACCUCCUCCAUACUGCCUCCUUUAUACUGCCUCCUUUAAUACUGCCUCCUUUAUACUGCCUCCUUCCUCGGCACGUCUCCGCCCGACCGCGUUCAACAAAAAGACGGCUGAUUUUUGGCCGCUAAAAAGGGAAAUUAUUGAAUAAAGAUGGUUAAACUUGGGAGUAAUCUACAGGACAAAGGGAUUAAAGAGGUGAGUGUUGAAGAUGGAUUUCAGACUGUUCCCCUUAUCACGCCCUUGGAUGUUACUAAUCUUCAGUGCCAAGCUCCAGACAAGGUGGUGGUAAAGACACGAACUGAAUACCAGAAAGAGCAGAAGAACAAGGCCAAGAUGAAGAUGCCUAAGGUGGAGGAGUACACCAUAAGCUUUACUGAUGGGGUGUCAGAGAGACUGAAGGUCACCAUCCUAAUUGUUCUGGCUUUGGCUUUUCUUGCCUGCAUAGUGUUCUUAGUGGUGUACAAGGCAUUCACUUAUGACCACACCUGCCCAGAUGGCUUUGUGUACAAGCACAAGCGAUGCAUCCCAGCUUCCCUGGAGGCCUACUAUACCGCACAGGAUGCUCACUCUCGUGGCCGCUUCUACACGGUGAUCAGCCACUACAGCAGCAUGGCUAAGCAGACCAUGUCACGCUCUGUCUCUCCAUGGCUUCCAAAUGUCCAGCACGAUGACAAACCACCCAAUACUGACAGCCAGUGAGACUGCAAAUGCUGAUUCUCCAUCGGCCAUGUCUGCUUUUCCCCAUCUGACUUACCUAACACUUUUCUCCAUUUCUACUGUACUAUUUAAUUUUUUACUCAUAUAGUUCAUUUGUAUGUUAUUUAUUUAUGACUACCUGUAUUGUACAAUUUCUGGUCUUAUUGUAUUUAAUAUCAGAUAGUUAUUUGUACAAAGCCUUGCGUCUGUGACGCAUGUCAAAAACCAUAUAGAUUCAUGAUUGUCUGAUUUAUUGUAAAAGGCAUGUUGAUACUGUAUGGAAUCAUUCAGUUUUUUUGUGCUUUGUUUCCAAGCAUAAUGUUUCUGUGGUUUUGUGUCCAGUUUGGGGUAUUUAAAUAAUAAUAAUAAUAAUAAUAAU